AAAGGUGUUAUAUAUGUAUGAAUUAAUGUAAAUAUAUAUAUAUGAUAUAUGAUAGAAGCAUGUGGCUAUGGUGAUGUUAUAACGUUUCCAGGAACCAUAACCAAAACAAAAAGUGUUGUAAUAAACAGGGUAAUAAACAACUAAAAAUAGAUAGAUAUAUAUAGGACAAAGAAAAAUACCCUGUGAAAUCAUGCAGUUACUCUUAGUAAAUCAACCACGCAUUGAACAUCAAACAUCCUCCAUUCACACGCGUUUGCUUUUCAAAUAAGUAGAGGCAAUACCAAGCUACAGAAAAUGGGUAAGAAUUUCAUUUGUGCAGUAUUCCAAUAUAAUUCAAUAUAGUUGUUUGUUCUCAAUAUUAAAAGCAACAUUUAUAUUUGCAUUUCUUAAUUUAGCAGACACUUUUAUCAAGAGCCACUUAGACACAGGAAGUGCUUGCAAUACAAGUUUGAGACAUUGUUCAGAUCAGUUAGAAUACAGUAAAAUACUUGCGAAAGAGAUACGUUUUCAUAAUUCCAUCAAAUCAGUAUCCAAAGCAGCAGAUAGAUUCAGCAGAAUGAGAACUGAUUCAGAAUCAUCUUUCGCAAUCUGUAGGGCAUCUGUGACCAACAGUAAUGUCAUUUCAGUUGAGUGGUGACUUCUGAAACCUGAUUGGUUAGCUUCCAGUUAUUUAUUCUAUGAAAGUAAUAAUGAUAUCUGGUUGAAAGCAACUCGUUCAAGUGUUUUCACUAUGAAUGGAAGGAGAAAGACAGGUCUGUAAUUGUCUACAAGUUUUCGGGGGUUUGCAGUGUGGUUUUCUGGGAAGAUGGGUCACCUGAGUGGGGAAAAUGCUUGUAAGAAAAUAUGUCUUUUUUGUAUGUGAGUGCAGUUAGGAGUGUAGGAGAGAUUGCUUAAAGAAGGUGUGAGGUGACUGGGUCUAAAGGACAGGUUUUAGGAUGGAUGGAGUUAUUCAGUGAGGGGAGAGGUUUCUGGUUGAGCAGAGCUGAAAACUGACUGCUGAUGGUUUUAGUUUUGACUGUGAAGAAUGUUGCAAAAUCAUCAGCUAAAAUUGUAUAAAAGUAUAUAAAGCACUGUAUUCAUACCCCUUUAUUUAUUUCAAAUUUUUUUAUGUUGCUGCCUUAUGUUAAGUUGCUUUAGAUUACUUUUUUUUCCCAACAUUAUUCACAUCAAAGCAAACAAAGAUUUUGGGAAAAUGUAUCGUUUUUGAUUGCUUCCAUUGUUCUCGUUUGUAAGUUGCUUUGGAUAAAAGCGUCUGCCUUAAUGACUAAAUGUAAAUGUAAUGUAAAUGUAAGUGAGAAUGGAAAACUAUGCUUCAUAUUGCAUGUUCUCCUGGUGUAGAAAUAUUUCUUGCAUGUGAAAUGUACCAUAAAAAAUAUUCAGAUUCCAGAGACCAACACUUAUUGUAUUUUCUCUUUUUUUUUUUUUUUUUUUGAGUAGCAGAGUCUUCUUUUGGACAUCAAAAUGUGACCAGUUUCACAACAGACAAUUCUACCAUGCAGGCAGAGGACUUUUCGGGCAUUAAAGUCUUCGAAAUAUGCAUUUACUUGGCAAUCUCUGUCGUAGGUCUCAUCGGGAACGGGCUUGUAAUAUUUGUGACCGGCUACAAAAUGAAGACAACUGUCGACUCCAUUUGGUUCCUCAACUUGGCGAUUGCAGACUUCAUCUUCUCUUUAACUCUAUUCAUAAGAUUAAUUUUAGCCUUAUGCAAGCUGGCUUGUAACUUUGGUGACUUCAUAUGGAAGUUUCUCCUAUGUAUGAUUUACUUAAACAUGUUUGCCAGCAUUUUUCUGCUGACGACUAUCAGUCUGGACCGAUGCCUUUGCACAUGGAUGGUUGUGUGGAGUCGGAACAAUCGAACCCUGUGCAAAGCUAGAAUCAUCAGCAAGGUUGUGUGGGUUUUAUCUAUCAGCUGCAGCAUCCCCACAGUCAUCAAUCACGCAACAGCAAUGCCUGAAGUACACUGUAAAAAUCCAACUUCUAUAAAAUCCUACAAGUCUUUGGUCACAUUUAGGUUCAUAGUGGGCUUCUUCAUCCCCUUCCUGGUCAUUGCAUCUUCAUAUAUAAGUAUCGGCAUGCGAGUCAAAAGCCUCAAAAAGAAGAUGCAGUUCAGGUCUUACCGGAUCAUUAUAGCUCUGGUCCUGGCCUUUUUUAUAGGCUGGCUUCCUUAUCAUAUCCACGAGUUUUAUGACAUAAAUGCAAAGGAGAAUCAGUGGAGUGAGUCUGCUAAGGAUGUUUUAGUAAAAACAGAAGUUGUAGUGCACUGCCUGGCUUUUCUGAACAGCUGUCUGAACCCCAUUCUCUACGUGUUCAUGUGUGAUGAGUACAAGAAGAAGCUCAAACAGUCUCUGCUGCUAGUGCUGGAGACGGCUUUUGCUGAGGAUCAUCAGGACUUCAAAGUCUCAAACCAAACAGAAGACAUCGCUAUCUCUGUGCUUGCCAGCUGACACGAUGAAAAACCAAGCCAUUAAAAUGAUCCAGGCAUUCAUGAAUCUGCUUCCUUACCUUGAUAGCCGCACUUUUAUGACUUAUACAAAUGAGGUUGAAUAAAAUAUACAGCCAUAAACUGCA